UAUCGCUUGGCCCAGGCACCUUUAAAGAUACCGCUAGCACGAAUUAGUUGUCCCUGAGUGGAAAUAUUUUCAUGAUUUUCAGCAAUCACGAUUUGCCGACUUGACUCACUGCUUCGCAAGAUGAUCGAUGUUGUGCGCAUUUGAGAUUGAGCAGCUGCGGCUUCGGCGACCGGAAUUCUUUACACUAUUGCUCGUUCUCGACCGGGGCGGAACCCAGGACCCGAAUGACAAUGACCGGCGCGAGCUGUUCGUCUGCACCCAGCAGGAUGAGGAAGCGGAGUCCCCCCGCAAGGUGGACCGGUUGCACUUCCGCAGACCAACCCUGCUACCGAAAUUCCGGCCGGACCGCAUCUUUUUCGAGCGGGUCGCACGAAUUCCCGAGGAGAAAAACGCAGAUGCCACUGCUACAGAGAACUACUUCGCGGAGCCGGAGACGCAGUUCCAGCUGUGGCUUAUUCCGCAGGAGCUUCUUGUCGAGGAUAUUAGCGCCAGUCCGGCUUCGUCGCAGCAGGCACAGGAACGGCUGCACCUCAACCACAGCAGAUGGAUGGACGUCUACCGACAAUUUGCGGAGCAAGCGGACGACCGCGUGCUCUGUUUCUCCUGGAGAUACAAUGCGAGUGCAUAUGCAAGUACUAGUACAUCAUCGGGCGACGUAGCAGAAACUCCCUGCAUAUUUCGGAAGACGUUCACGACGUCCUCCGACUUGCCGGUGCUCUCCCUGACGGUGAAAAUCGAGCCUGUGCACACGCCGCACGUGGUGUCUUACUUCGUGGAGGGGCGACACAACAUUUUGGUCAAAGCGCUCCAAGCCCGACGGUUUGAUUUGGAUGCCGAUGAAACCGCCACUUUUCUCACCGCGGUCCCGUCAGACCGCCCUGGGAGUGGUGACCGCGAUGGCGCAGUUGUGCGAAACCGGUUCAGCAGUAUCGGAUUUCCGUCAGUGCAUUCGGAUGAUGUUGGGCAAAACGAGGAGCUCGCAAAAGGGGCGUACCCGUUUACGAUGCAGGUAGUACGGGGGCGGUUGUCAUGUUCUAAUACCGUUCCUGGAGUUGCUUCGCUUAUUUUUUGCUUUUCCAGACUAGCGUGACAAACAAACAUACUUAAGUACUAACUCCUGCGGGAAGGAGAACAUCAACCGUAUGACCUGGACAACAGAUCGGCGAGUUGCGGCGGAUCCGGAAGACGCCGCGGGAGAAAGAUUGGACGGCGCAGCUGAAGUACCGCAACGCGACGAAGUUGGAGGAAAUUGCCAAGAUCCUGGAAAAGCUGAACGAUGGGCGGAUCGCCUUGGACGCCAUGAAGGACGAGAAACAGCGUCUCGAGCAGGAAAAGCUGCAACUCUUGGACGAGAACAACCGGACGGAGCGGCAGCUGCAGGAGUUGGUGUUCCCCGAUCUCUAUCCUGUGCAAAAGUAUCGUACUCGUUGUAAUUGCAUUUCUGCAUUACAAAUCUCUUUUUCAAAGUAAAUCAGCAUUACAAAUUUAAUUUGUAAUGCUGGGCUAAGUUGUAAUGCAAUUUAUACUAGUGCGAUGCUUUUGCAUUGCAUAAUCUCACCGAAGUGGACGUGGACCUAUACUUCGCCGGCUCGAACAACCCCCACGACCUGUACCUGAAGAUGCAGUGCUGCGACGCCCGGUACCAGAAAGCCCGGGAGAAUCUCGUGCGGCUGUUCUCGGUGCACCAGAAGUGCGAGAAGAUUCGCGAAGACUCCCUGCGGACACCGACGCAAGUCGCGCAGCUGGCAGAGAUUCUCGUGGAGCUGCGGCAGCGCGUCCGGGCGGAGUACAAAAGUGGUCACAGCGAAUGCGAGCGGCUGAAGACAUUAGCCCAGGAGCAGGACCAACUUGUGAACCAACUGCAGACACGAAUUCAACAGAUCGACAAGGGACUCGUCAUAGAGAAUGGUAUAGGCACCUCGACGUUUCUGCUUUUCAAAGACCGAAAUAUUUCUGCUUUUCGCAGUGAGUGUUCUUGUAGAACCGCCAUAAAUAUUCAUAUGCGCAACCGUUGAAGGUGAAGGUGAUGAGUUAUAACUCUUAUUCUUGCAUAAGAUUAGUUAACGAACUCACAGGGGCGCUCGGAAAGGCGAACGAGAAGGACGCGAAGAUUUCCGUGAUGCCCGUAAUCGAUCGAAUCGAGACGCUGCGGCUGCGCGGAGAGAAUGCCACACUGUGCACGAAAAUCACAAAAGCGCUGAAGCCGGAACUGGAGGAAACGGAGCAGAAACUAGCUGCAGAACGGGAGGACGUACAGGUGGCUUUGGGGUCGAUGCAGGAGAAAAUCAAAAACCUGGUGGCAGACAUCCGCGAGAAAGCCCAUGUCCUGGAGACGCAGAAACAGCUGAAAGCCUUGCCCUCGGACGAUCCGGCACUAGAGCUCUUGCGCUUUCGGGAGCAGAUGCUGAGCUCGCAGGCUCAGGCCCUGCAGCAAGAAAUAGAGGCUGCGGAGCGGGCGCACGACGUCGAGAGCCAUCGCUUGCACAUGUUGCUGCAUGAGAAGCAAACUACGCUCGGUCGCUUGACAAAUGGGUAAUUUCAUCUUGGUCGAUGCGCUAUUUUUGCGGCCCUAGCUAGCUAGAAAAGACUCACGAUCAAGGACUGUGCGACAAUAAGUAAUUUCAUGACUGAGCAACGGCGCCUUGAGGGCUCUCUUGAUUUCGG